GAGUGCAAACUGACCACGACAACAGUAGUGAAAAAUAUGUUGUCGUUGCGUCCAACAUCCGCCGACUUGGCUGAGGUAGCAAAGAACGAACUAAGCGAAGAUCCUAGACAGUUGGAAAGUCAUCUGGGUGUGAUACGAAAUUGGUUGAAAGAACGUAACAACCUUCAUGGUUUGCUCGGUGAUCAAAUUUUGUUGUCAUUUCUACGGGGGUGCAAGUUUAGUUUGGAAAAAGUGAAAGAAAAGUUAACGUUGUUUUAUUGGAUCAGAACGAUGCUGCCUGAGGUUAUUCAAAACAGGGAUCCAUGUGACAAACAUGUUUUGGAAGUGAUUCGCCUGGGCGUGGGGAUUCCUCUUCCAAAAACGGUGAAACCAACCGACCCGAAGAUAUUUGUUAUUCGAGUGGCACAAUUCGACCUGUCAAAGAUUAUUUUUGCAGAUGUGAUAAAAGUAGGAACUCUAAUCAACGAUGUGCUUAUGAGGGAUGACGAUCAAAUGGUCAUUUGUGGAAUGGCUUUGAUCAUUGAUCUGGUGGGUGUAACAGCAAGCCAUCUGUUUCAGUUCAACUUUCAGUUCUUGAAGCAAGUAGCCAUCUUGUACCAGGAUGCUAGUCCUCUUCGAAUGCAAGGAAUUCAUACACUGAAUCCCCCACCAGGAAUGCAAUCUGUAUUGAACAUGUUCAACAACUUGCUCUCUUCGAAAAAUAAAGACAAAAGGAUAUAUGCACAUGGAAGCAGCUUAGAGUCUCUACACGAACAUUUUCCAAAAAGUAUCCUGCCAGAGGAAUAUGGUGGCACUCUAGGACCGAUACAAAACAUCAUGGACCAGUGGGAAACGAAACUCAAGGAAAAUCGUGGCUACCUACUCGAAAUGGCAGACUUGUGCGAUAAUCAGGCAAAGCAAGGCUCAAUGUCAUCAGCACCACAAUCACCUACGGUUUUAUCGCCAACGAGCAAGCAAGCAUUUUUUGGUUUGGAUGGCUCAUUUAGACGACUGGAGUUGGAUUGAAUGAAUAAAUUGAUGAAUUUUUGAGUGUAAUUGUGUAU